UCUUUGAAACACAAUUAGGAUGUUUAGGUACUACAUGUGCUAAAGGUAUUCCAUCUUCUCCUACCCUACUAUUUUCUUUUUGCUUGUGUCUUUUAUACUCUUGUUAAAACUGAUUUUAAGGUCAGUAGAAGAAAGCCACCGCUUGUCAUACAGCGUAAUCUACAACAGUUUGUGGCGACGUUGUUUACAAUUACUGCGUUAAUCAUAAACUAGACCUGCGGCUGUUGUGUUUACUUAUGAAUGUAACUGUGUAAGACAGUCAGCACACAUGUUGUUUUGAUCAGUCGAGGUUAUGAAUUCGCAGUAGUUUGUGUAAGUUCUGCGGGUAAAGUAAUUACAUGCACAGUUAGAUAUGAAUUAGAGUAAAUGCAUACUAAAAAAAUGUUAUGCGUCUUUAACCUUUACAGCUCAGCAAUUUAAAUUUUUAUUCAAGUGUCUUCGUUUAAAACGAUGGCUGGUAAGAAAGUUGCUUUGAACUGGUCUCAACUGGUUCCAUUUUUCGUCGCCAUUUCCAUAUUCUUUCCUUUGUAUUGCUUGCAUAUGAACGAAUACAUCACAAUUCCAAUGAAAAUAUUUUGGGUAUUAAAGUGUUUUCCAAUUUAUUCUUUGAUUCGUUUCGUCUGCAAGCAGUUCUAUUCAUUCAACGGUUUGCGGAAUGACACAUUUUCGUUUUUGAUCGUCGUGGGAUUAGCACUUUCUUCUGUUGGAGAUAUUUUUCUUCAAGACGGAAAAAAUCGAAACAACGACAGCUUCUUUUUAGGGUUGUUAGCAUUCUUGCUUGCUCAUAUCUGCUACAUACAAGCAUUUAAAUGGACGCCGCUCAAGCCAGGAUUGUUCUUUCUCCUUCUUUUCUUGGUGAUUAUAGAAACGAACCUUCUAUUCGGCGGUGAUGUUUUGGCAAAAUACCCGCCGACGUUGUCAAUUGGAGUGUACGUUUAUACUGCUGUCAUUGGCAUCAUGCUUUGGAGAUCAUGGGCACGGGUAAACUUUGGCCAGUUACUUGCGGGACAUUGGCAGCCGCUGUGUGGCGCUGUGGGUGCAAUUUUCUUUGUUGUGUCCGACACCAUAAUAGCUGUGUCGAAAUUUCGAAGCCGAUUUCCGGGUUCUGGUUUUCUAAUUAUGACGACAUAUUACGCCGCGCAACUUGCUAUUGCACUAACAGUCACGAGACGAGUCAACUGAUGGCAAAUGUUAUUCUAUGUGAAUUGCAAUUAAAACACAAGUUCGUUACAGACCCAGCAGCAUAUUCAAUAUGUUUGUAAAAUAUUUUAUCUAUAGUAAGGUUGGGGAAGACAGGAAACCUUUAGCGCAUAUUAUCGAAGUAUCCUCAUCGUGUUUUAAACGAUUAAGAAUGGUUUAAAUUGGAAUCGUCCCCCACCCUACUAUAUGACUUGCGUACAUCUAUUGCUGGUUUAAUAUUAUAAAAGCAUUUUACUUUAUGCAGAAGUAAAAGGAUAAAACAAUG